GGAAAAAAAAAACCCCGCGAUAACAAAAAAACAAAACAAAACAACAAAAACAUAAAUCUGAAACAGAACAACAACAUUUAGUGUCCCACACAGAUCUCAAGUCUUCGCACCACCCUUUCCCUCCUUCUCACUCUCCAUCCACCCCUCCUUCCUUCCACCCCUCUCUCUCGCACGCAAGCACACGCCUUCGUUUGUGCACACGUGUGUGUUUGUGUGUUGGUGUACCUUUCUGUAGGCUCUGUUGUGGCCGCCGCCACUACAACCACCACCCCCACUACUACUACCACCACCGGCAUCACCACCCUCGCCACCCCCUCCACCACCACUACAACAACCACCAACAUCACCACCCCCACCACCGCCACCACGUCGCCCUCACAACCCGCCAAGAUUACGUUCACACACGAACACGUCAUGUCGGAGGAUAUCGAGGCGCAGCGGUCCUGCAUCGCCAAUUUCUACAAGGGCAAGACGCUCUUCAUCACGGGCGUCACUGGCUUCAUGGGAAAAGUCCUGCUGGAGAAGCUGCUGCGGUCCUGCCCGGACAUCCACCGGGUGUACACUCUGGUCCGGCCCAAGAAGGGGCAGACGCCGCAGGAGAGGAUCGAGUCCAUCAUCAAGUCAAAGCUGUACGACAAAGUGCGCGAGGGCGUGCCGGACCUGUCUGAGCGCAUUGUGCCCGUGGUUGGAGAUGUCCUUGAGCCCAACCUGGGCCUGAGCGAGGAGGAUGAGGCCAGGGUCGCCGCAGAGACGCAAGUCGUCUUCCACUCGGCCGCCACCGUCAAGUUUGAUGAGGAGUUGAGACUGUCAGUCCGGAUGAACGUGAUCGGGGUUCGUAGGAUGGUGCAGCUCGGCAGAAAGAUGCCCAACUUGGAGAUCGGCAAAGGUCUGCUGUUUAUUAUGCACGGGAAUGUUUACUGCACGGCCGACGUCAUUCCAGUAGACAUUGCCACAAACGCCAUGAUUGCUGUCGCUUGGUACACAGCCGUUGAAAAGCCCAGCGAAACGUUGGUAUACAACUGUACCAGUGGCCAGAUCAACCGGUUAACCUGGGGGAUGUUCCAGGACUACCUCAAAGAAAACUUCCUCAACAAUCCAUGUCAUAAGAUGCUGCGCGUCCCGAACCCACGCUUCACACUCAACAUGUUCUGGCGAGAUACCAUGUGGGUGUUUGACCAGUUGAUACCGGCCUACGUCAUGGACUUUUGGCUCAGGAUCACGGGGAAGAAGCCUAU